AUGCUCGCCCUGCUCCUGUCACCCUACGGGGCCUAUUUGGGUCUAGCCUUGCUAGUCCUCUACUAUCUCCUUCCUUAUCUACAACGCUCUCAUCUUCGUGAUAUCCCCGCCCCUGGUCUGGCCGCCUUCACCAAUCUCUGGGUGCUGCUGCAAACUCGUCGCGGUCAUCGUUUCAUCGCUGUCGAUAACGCUCACAAGAAAUACGGAAAGCUCGUUCGCCUCGCGCCCCGUCAUACCUCCAUCGCCGAUGAUGGAGCCAUCCAGGCUGUCUACGGCCACGGAAAUGGUUUCCUGAAGUCUGACUUUUACGAUGCCUUCGUCUCCAUUCACCGUGGUCUCUUCAACACGCGCGACCGCGCGGAGCACACCCGCAAGCGCAAGACCGUCUCCCACACCUUCAGUAUGAAGUCCAUCGGCCAGUUCGAGCAGUACAUUCACGGCAACAUCGAGCUGUUCGUCAAGCAAUGGAACCGCAUGGCCGAUACCCAGCGCAACCCCAAGACCGGUUUCGCCAGUCUGGACGCCCUGAACUGGUUCAACUACCUGGCUUUCGACAUCAUCGGUGACCUGGCCUUCGGCGCUCCCUUCGGCAUGCUUGACAAGGGCAAGGAUUUCGCCGAGAUGCGCAAGACUCCCGACUCGCCCCCUUCCUACGUUCAAGCCGUCGAGGUCCUGAACCGCCGCGGUGAAGUCUCCGCCACCCUGGGUUGCUACCCGGCCCUGAAGCCCUUUGCCAAGUACAUCCCCGACAGUUUCUUCCGUGAUGGUAUCCAGGCCGUCGAGGACCUGGCCGGUAUUGCCGUCGCCCGCGUCAACGAGCGUCUCCGCCCCGAAGUCAUGGCCAACAACACCCGUGUCGACCUGCUCGCCCGCCUCAUGGAAGGCAAGGAUGGCAACGGUGAGAAGCUCGGUCGCGCCGAACUUACCGCCGAAGCUUUGACCCAGCUGAUCGCCGGAUCCGAUACCACCUCCAACACCUCCUGCGCCAUCCUCUACUGGUGCAUGCGCACGCCCGGUGUGAUCGAGAAGCUCCACAAGGUCCUGGACGAAGCCAUCCCUCAAGACGUCGACGUCCCCACCCACUCCAUGGUCAAGGACAUCCCCUACCUCCAAUGGGUCAUCUGGGAAACCAUGCGCAUUCACAGCACCUCCGCUAUGGGUCUCCCCCGUGAAAUCCCCGCCGGUAACCCCCCCGUCACCAUCUCCGGCCACACCUUCUACCCCGGCGAUAUUGUCUCCGUGCCCAGCUACACCAUCCACCGCUCCACCGAGAUCUGGGGCCCCGAUGCCGAGCAAUUCGUCCCGGAGCGCUGGGACCCCGCCCGCCUCACCCCUCGUCAAAAGGCCGCUUUCAUUCCCUUUAGCACCGGCCCCAGAGCCUGUGUCGGUCGCAACGUGGCAGAGAUGGAACUCCUGGUUAUCUGCGGUACGGUCUUCCGUCUUUUUGAAUUCGAGAUGCAGCAGGAGGGUCCCAUGGAGACGAGAGAGGGUUUCUUGAGGAAGCCCCUCGGACUGCAGGUCGGUAUGAAGCGGAGACAGCCUGGUUCGGCUUGA